ACGGGUUCAUAACGCUAGAAGGAAAAGAAAAGCUGGUCAUGACGCGGACGGAUAACGUGCUCGAGAUCCCGGAUGACUACGUCGCCAGGGCGUCCUACAAAAACGAGAUCUUUCAAAAUGGCUGGGCGUAUCUGGAAGUGAACACGCAGGCCAAGUACGCAGACUCGCAACAAGCGUACGCCGCCGGCUACCUAGAGGGCUAUCUGUCGCACGAUCUCAUCUGGAUGCACUGGUGCAACAUACUGCAAGGGUUCUGCAAGAACAGGUUAGACAUAUGCCAAAUGGUGGACGAUUUCGUGGACGCCAACGAAGAAUACAUGCUCACGGAGGCAUUGGACAACCCGGAGGAACCCUACUGGUAUCAGGUGCAGCUGCUCUACAACCAGCUGGAGGGCAUCGCGUGGGGGUACCGCAACGCCACCACCGACCCCAUCCAGCUGCUCACCUUCCGGGACAUCUUCUGGCUGAACAUGGUGGGCGACCUGGACGACUUGGCAUUCUCGAUGAUCCUGCGCAGCAACCAAACUAAACGCGACAUCGACCCGGACCCCACGGCGCGCUUUGACCGCUGCACGGGGCUCGUCAAACUGCUCCCAGACUUCUCCAAUCUCUACACCUCACAAACUACCUGGAACAGUUAUAAUUCGAUGCUGCGGGUACAGAAGAUGUACGUGCUCAACUUCCACGUCUUUAAAUGCAGCAAGGAACGUAUCCCAGGCUACAAGAUGUCGUUCUCGUCCUAUCCUGGCCUUGCCCUCUCCUUAGACGACUUCUACAUCAUCUCGUCGGGCCUGGUGCCCGCGGAGACCACCAUCGGGAACGGCCGGCGCGAGCUCUUCGAACUCAUCCAUCCGGUGGGAACGAUCCUGGAAUUUGUCCGCUGUAUGGUGGCAAACCGUUUGGCGCGCGACGGACGAGAGUGGGUCAACAUAUUCAGCGUACGAAAUAGUGGCACUUAUAACAACCAGUGGUACAUAGUGGACUACAACAAGUUCAAGCCGGCGGAGUUCGGGUGGCCGGGGCGGGUGAGCGCCGGCCUGCUGUGGGUGGUGGAACAACUGCCCGGGAACAUCGAGGCGGCCGACCUAACGGCAACGCUGGUGGAGACGUCUUUCUUCGCGUCGUUCAACAUGGCGCACUUCCGGCGGAUGUUCGAGCUGGGCGGCGGGCUGGAGCGCGUGCGCCUGUACGGCGACUGGUUCAGCCCGACGGCGCACCCCCGGGCCAGGAUGCUCAAGAAACUUCAGGUCAAUAAUCUUACCGAAUGGCCCAAACAAAAGAACCCGGUCUCUGACCCUACGGCUGGCAUCCACAACAUGCGCGACAUGUUUCGCGUGAUGCGCUACAACGACUACAAGCACGACCCGCUCGCGCGCUGUCCGGAGUGCAAGCCGCCGUACAGCGCGUGCAACGCCGUCGCGGCCAGGAACGACCUCAACCCGGCCAACGGCACAUACCCGUUCGUAGCGCUGGGGCACCGCUGCCACGGCGCCAUCGACACCAAGGUGACGAGCGCGCGGAUCAGCCCCACCUACGAGUUCGUGGCCGUCUCAAGCCCGCCCUACGACGAGACGCGCGGCAUUCCUCCCUUCACGUGGAGCAAGUUCGACCUGGGCAAAAACGUGUCGCACAUCGGGCACCCGGACCGGUGGAUGUUCCAGCCGGUGCGGCAUCGCUGGGAGUGGGGCUGACAGACGCUAUACAAGCCCCAGAUGGAUUGUAAGAGUACCUACCGAGCACCUAGGUUUAGCGCAGUGGCACACCGUCCAAAUAAUUGCUAGAAGUAUAAGGCUUCGCAAAAAUAUAGGUA